AGGUGUCGCUGGCGGAGGCAGUGACGGGGGGACACAGCCGCCACUGAAUAUCCCUGUGCAAGUUUCUUCGCUUUCCUGUGCAUCAGUGCUUACAUUGGGGUAAUAAUAAAUGGUGUGUUAAAAAAUUAAAUGAGGCGGUCAAGAAGGAACCGUGUCCUGGCCCGCGCGGAGCCCGGGGUGGAGGCUGGCAUGCGAGGGCCGAAGUGAUUCAUCCGCUGGUCUCCACAUCGACCGCGCCUCGUGUCCCCGGCGCUCCUGGUCUACAAUGGCAGCGGCCGCCAGCCCCGCGGUCCUUCCGCGCCUCGCGAUUCUUCCGUACCUGCUAUUCGACUGGUCCGGGACGGGGCGGGCCGACACUCACUCUCUCUGGUAUAACUUCACCAUCAUUCAUUUGCCCAGACAUGGGCAACAGUGGUGUGAGGUCCAGAGCCAGGUGGAUCAGAAGAAUGUUCUCUCCUAUGACUGUGGAAGUGACAAGGUCUUAUCUAUGGGUCACCUAGAAGAGCAGCUGGAUGCCACAGAUGCCUGGGGAAAACAACUGGAAAUGCUGAGAGAGGUGGGGCAGAGGCUCAGACUGGAACUGGCUGACACUGAGCUGGAGGAUUUCACACCUAGUGGACCCCUCAUGCUGCAGGCCAGAAUGUCUUGUGAGUGUGAAGCCGAUGGAUGCAUCCGUGGAUCUUGGCAGUUCAGCUUCGAUGGACAGAAGUUCCUCCUCUUUGACUCAAACAACAGAAAGUGGACAGUGGUUCACGCUGGAGCCAGGCGGAUGAAAGAGAAGUGGGAGAAGGACAGCGGACUGACCACCUUCUUCAAGAUGGUCUCAAUGGGAGACUGCAAAAGCUGGCUUAGAGACUUCCUGAUGCACAGGAAGAAGAGGCUGGAACCCACAGCACCACCCACCGUGGCCCCAGGCUUAGCUCAACCCAAAGCCAUAGCCACCACCCUCAGUCCCUGGAGCUUCCUCAUCAUCCUCUGCUUCAUCCUCCCUGGCAUCUGAGGAGAGUCAUUUAGAGUGACAGGUAGAAGAUGAUAUCAAGAAGCCUCUGUUAGCCUGGUCUGGGUCCUGCUCUCCCUUCAGGGAGGCCGCCUGUCUACUCACCACUGUGCCUUUCUGGAAAGCAGGAGUUCAAGCCUUAGCAAGCCCACAGGCCCCCAGCAGAUGAUGAGGACAUUUUCGACUCAACAUCUCAGGCCACUCAUUACCUUCGCUCAUGAUCCCAGCAGCCAUUUUUCUUAACACCUUCUGCCACUUUCUCUCGGUGCUAAUGGAUGGAAUUCCUGCACAAGUUUUAACUGAACAAGAAAUCCCAGCAAAAGGCAUUUUCUUUCUACUUCUUUGAUUGUGGAAAAGCAGACACUUCUCUGAAGCAUGACCUUAUUCUUCGAAAUGGUAUUGCUAGUAAAAUAGCAUGCUGGACUUCAGACCUCAGGGAUCCUUUCCAUGCACUGACCAAGAAUUGUAUUAAUCCUUUUUAUCAUUAUAGUUUUUUUACAUUUUCUCAUUCUGUCAACCAUAUUGGAGUGAAGUGGCAUAGUCAUCACUCACUGUAAUCUCCAGCUCCUGGGCUCAAGUGAUCCUCUAGACUCAGCCUCUAGAGUAGCUGGGACUACAGGCGCAUGCCACCAUGCCUGGCAAAUUGUUUUAUAUUUAGGUAGAGAUUGGGUCUUCCUAUGUUGCGCAGGUAAUAAAACUGUGAAAAUCCUGGAAUAUAAGCUAAGAAAUACCAAUGUGGACAUAGGGCCUGGCAAAGAUUUCAUGAACAAGACACUAAAAACAAUUGUAACAAAAACAAAAAUUGACAAAUGGGACCUCAUUAAACUAAAGAGCUUCUUCACAGAAAAAGAAACUAGCAACACAGUAAACAGACAGCCUGUAGAAUGGGGAAACUAUUUGCGAACUCUGCAUCUGACAAAGGUCCAAUAUCCAGAAUCUACAAAGUACUUAAACAAUUCGACAAGAAGAAAAAACCCAAUUAAAAAAUGUGCAAAGACAUGAACAGACACUUUUCAAAAGAAGACAUACAAGUGGCCAACAAACAUGAAAAAAUGCUCAGUAUCACUAAUCAUCAGAUAAGUGCAAAUCAAAACUGCAAUGAGUUACCAUCUCUUACCAGUCACAAAGUCAGAGAUGGUGGUGAGGCUGCAGAGCAAAAGAAACAGACACUGUUGGUGGGAAAGCAAACUUGUUCAGCCGCUGUGGAAAGCAGUUUGGAGAUUUCUCCAAGAACUUAAAAAUAGAACUACCAUUCAAUCCCGCAAUCCCACUACUCAGGAUAUAUCCACAGGAAAAUAAUUCAUUUUAUCAAAAAGACAACUGCACCAAUAUGUUCAUUACAGUGCUAUUCUCACUAGCAAGGACACAGAAUCAAUCUAAGUGCCCAGCAACAGUGAAUUGAAUGAAAAAAAUGUGGUACAUAAACACCAUGGAAAUCUAUGCAGCCACGAAACACAGCAAAAUCAUGUCCUUUUCAGCAACAUGGAUGGAACUAGAGGCUAUUAUCCUAAGCAACCUAAUGUAAGAACAGAAAACCACAUACUGCAUGUUCCCAUUGGAAAGUGGCAGCUACACAUUGAAUUCACAUGAACCACAGGCACUGGAGAUCACUAGACAGGUGAGACAGGAGGGGCACCUGGGCUGAAAAACCACCUGUUGGGUACCAUGCUUACUGUUUGAGUGAUGAGAUCAUUGGGACACCAAGCCUCAGCCUCCCAAAAUCUACCCAUGUAACAAACCUGUAUGUGUACCCUUUAAUCUAUAAUAAAGGUUAAAAUUAAAGAUUCGUAAGUAAAAUAAAAUGACAUAGAGCCCUCCAAAAAAUGGGGUUAACUGACUGGAACGAGAGAACUUUGCACUAUGAACGCUAACCCAGAUCAAAAACUAAACUCUAGUCGUUUAAAAUAAUCAUAAGUUGUAUAUGAUGAUAAUUGUAUAAAAGUUAUACGUGAAAGUGCCAAACCCUAAAAUUAAACACUGUAUAAUGAAAUUAUACAAGA